CUGGAGAAGAAUGUUUUGCCUCAUACCAAAGGCUGUUGAUUGUCACAGUCAUGACAACCAUCAUCUAGGAACAUUUCAUGGUGUGCUGGAUAAUGGAGGAUUAUUGGGCUUGAGAAAGAAGUACAAAGCUGGAAAAUAAACAGAUUGAGUCUCAGCAACAGGACACUGGCCACUUCUUACAUCACACAGCACGACUGCGUCUUAUCUUCUAGUGCAAGGUGCCAUUUUUAUGUAGGCGUGUGACAUCACAAGUGAAGAAUGUAUGGGAGCAAUGGUUCCCCCCCUUUCCAGUCAAGAGGUUUCUCACCAGAGCCAUCCUCUCAAAAAUCCGAUAUGUCUCGACCUAGUGCAAAAUCCAUCUACAUGCAAAGAAAAGAAUAUGCAGAAUCAAUCAACAGACAACCAGAUACCUUUCAUUACAGAGUGGAGCACCUGUUCACAUGGGAGCUAGACGGGAAGAUGGUGAGCAGUAUGGAAGACUGUGUGGCCAAACUGAAGAGCCUGGACAGCAAAGGGAAAGUGUGGGGCCAAGACGUGGUCUUGCAGGUUCAGGCCCGGUGCCUACAGCUGUGUGACAUAGAAACAAAGGAGGUGCUGGAGUCUCUUCCUCUUAGCAGCAUCUCGCAGACUAAGGCUAUCCUGUAUAGCUGUGUGUACAACUCUCUUCUGACGGUCACCGUACAGGGCAGUGGCCGUAGACCUCCAAAUGUUUUCCUGUUCCAGUGUGAGGACACUGGGGCAGAAGAAGUGAGAGAGGAUCUGGAGAAAGCAAUACAGCACAGUGAAGAGGUGGUGGGUUUCCAACUAGGUGAAAUGCCAUUUGACAUCAGGAGUAAUUUAGAGAACAUAAUAGGCCAAGGCCAUCCUGGGAGUUUCCGCAGACCUGGCCCCCCGCCAAUGCAGCCUACACCCCCACCUCCUGAGAACCCUCCACCUCCUUUCAGUGCCUACCAAAACUAUGAGGAUGAACUGCCACGGUCCCCUGUGUUCGCUCCCAGAGAUGAGGGCCGUUAUAGCCCAGACCUGCGUGAGCAGCGUCACCAAACAGGGCAGCUGCCUCCUCCCUCCUAUACAGAUACUGAGAGGAGUGUGGAAAUCUUUAAUCAUGUAGUGGCUGAUAUUGAGAUCUUCAUGUAUAAAGUUGAUGCAGCUUUACAACAAGAGGAAGGAAGCAAGAAAAAGAAGAAGAAAAAGAAAAGUGUAAAGAAAUAUGGUGAAAACUUCCCCUCCAUAGGGGAGUAUGUUGCUUCGCUUCAGAAAAUGAAAUACGCCUUCAAUCUCUUGGGGAAGCUUAAGGGCCACUUAAACAACUCUGGAGCACCUGACUUUGUCCACAGCCUUUUCUCCUCCCUCUCCUUUCUGAUGAAGCAGUUCCCUCCUGCUGUGCCCGCCUCAGUCCUGAGUCCUCUCCUCACAGAGCCAGCACUACAGUUCCUCAGCCAUCUGGUCACCCCGGAGGAGCAGCGUCUCUGGAGACAGUUAGGAGACACCUGGAAUGUCCCCAGAUCUAAGUGGCCAAAUGCAGAUCAGAUCCCACCAUAUAUUCCAGUCUUUUAUGAUGGCUGGCAGCCUCCUAUGCCGGUCCCUCCACAGUCUGGACCCAUAAGCCAGGGGCCAUCACGAAGCAACAGUCAGCGGUACCCAGACAGGAACGGAAUCCAGGGGCCAUCACGACGCAACAGUCAGCGGUUCCCAGACAAGAAUGGCAUGCAGCAACCACCUGCUCAGCUUACCAGACCUCCUAGCAACCUGCCAACUCGGUCAGGACAACCCCUGCUUCACAUGCGAGUCAUCUAUGACUUCACUGCCAGGAACCGGCAAGAGCUGAGCGUGAUGAAAGGUGAAGUGGUGCAGGUGGUAGACAAGUCAAGGCAAUGGUGGAUAGUGCGAAACAGUCGUGAGGAGGAGGGUCAUGUGCCACCAAAUGUUCUAGAACCAAUCACUGGAGAGGAGCCUGCAAGAAUAAAUAGACCUCCAAAUCUGGAUAUGAGGUCCAGCCCAGAGGAAGUCACAGCCUGGCUGCAAUAUAAGGGCUUCUCAAAAGUGACAGUGCGUAGCCUGGGUGUGAUGCAUGGAGCUCUGCUCCUGGGGAUGAAGCGUGAUGAUUUACGAGCUGUUUGCCCAGAAGAAGGAGGUCGCGUCUUCUUCCAGCUGCAGGCCGUUAAAUCAGCUCUGGCGCUUGCCACUGAGGCAGAACAUAUGCAGUACGGUCACCGUUAAAGCUGACAUCAUGUGCCUUAGUGGUGGAGGGAUUUCACUAAAGACAAGUGCAGUGACUAUAUGUUGACUUUAACCUCUAUGGCCUGAACAAGAAUACCAGCUAUAAAAUUACUGGUCAAAUAAAUUAUAGCUACAAAUUUUAAAAAGGUUUUUUAAUUAGACUAAACCUUGCAGCCCAAAGUAUUGUUUGAUCUUGAUUUUAUCUGUCUAAAUCUGAUAAUCUGUUUUCUGUAAUGAAAAAUGGAUGAUGAGCCUAAUAGUAUUAUAGUAAACAUAUGUCUAGUAAAAAUAGUCACUUCUAGGCAAUUUUAAAAUUUGUUGGGUCAUAUUUGCACCAUUUAUGAUCCAAUCUAGCUCAUCGAGAAUAACCACAGAAGCCCUUCCUAAGAUAUAUACAUACUUAUUUCCGUGCACAAACCAUUAACAGAACCAAUUUGUAUGACAACCUUUUCAUUUAAGUUUAUUGUAGCAAAUUGUCUAAAUAAAGGUUUUAAUUGACA